UGUUUCAAGUUUUGGCACAUUUAAUCUCGCUGGCUGGGACUUAUUAACUUGUUUUUCUUGUUUUUCAAUGCCAAAAAAACCCAAAACAAAGCCAUAAUGGAUAACAACAUGACUGUUUUGAACGACACGACGCCGGCGGGCAACCAAACGCUGGGCGUGUGGAGCGACUACACGCCGGAGUACAAAGUGGUCAGCGUGCUUCUGGUGUGCCUCAUAUGCGGCGUGGGGAUGGUGGGCAACAUCAUGGUCAUCCUGGUGGUGCUGACCACCAAACACAUGCGCACCCCCACCAACUGCUACCUGGUGAGCCUGGCCGUGGCGGACCUGAUGGUGCUGACCGCCGCCGGGCUGCCCAACAUCACGGACGCGCUGCGUGGGCAGUGGGUGUACGGCUACGCGGGCUGCCUGGGAAUCACCUAUCUGCAAUACUUGGGGAUAAACGCGUCGUCUUGCUCCAUCACCGCCUUCACGGUGGAGCGCUACAUCGCCAUUUGUCAUCCCAUCAAGGCGCAGUUCCUGUGCACGCUGUCCCGCGCCAAGAGGAUCAUCAUGCUGGUGUGGGCGCUCACUUCCGUCUACUGCGUCAUGUGGCUCUUCCUGUCCGACACGCAAACUUUGGUGUAUGACAACGUGGUGCUGCUCAGCUGCGCCUACAAAGUGUCCAGGAGUCAUUACCUGCCCAUUUACUUCAUAGACUUUACGGUGUUUUACGUGCUGCCGCUGCUGUUGGCCACCGUCCUGUACGGGCUCAUCGCCAGGAUACUUUUCCUAAACCCUCUGCCUUCACACCCUAAAGACAACACCAAUAAAUGGAGGAGAAGGACGAGCAAUGGAGGGGGAAGGAUGAUCAAUGCGAGCUCCUCCAGCAGCACCACUGCUGCUUCUCGCAGACAGGUUACAAAGAUGCUGGCUGUGGUCGUGAUCCUUUUCGCCUUACUUUGGAUGCCCUACCGGACCUUAGUGGUGGUCAACUCCUUCCUGGACAAGGCCUACCUGGACACGUGGUUCCUGCUCUUCUGUCGCCUCUGCAUCUACUUGAACAGCGCCAUCAACCCGGUCAUUUACAACGCCAUGUCCCAGAAAUUCCGCGGAGCCUUUAAGAAGUUGUGUCACUGCGGUCCUCAGCGCCUGGAGAAACCUGCUUCAUACAGCAUGGCGCUUACCUACAGUGUCAUCAAGGACAUAUCCAAUGGGGAGAGUCUUGACCACUUCACCACGGACAUGGAGGAGCUCCACACCCCGAGCGACCAGUUUGUACCCACUCUACCAACUGCCAAAGAGAUUCUGUUUGAAGAGCCUCUGCUUUUGGGAAAUAUGUCUCAACUUAGUGAAAGGGGAUCACUGGAAGUCAGUGAAUAAAUUAAUCUGAUACAUUUUGCACCAGAUAUUUAGAGGUGUUAGGUUAUGAUCAAGAUGCACAAAUCAUAUCAGGAUUGUUUACAGAAGUUUAAAGCAGAUAGGAAAUAGUGCAUUAUGUAUCCUGUUUGACCUCCUACUUGCUCCUAAGCAUGGUGUACCCAAUGGAAACUCCCACGAGACUGCGCGGCAAAUUACAGCCUGCCCAUAGACAGGAAGGAACAAACACACUGUUAGAAAACUACCCCCAGAAUACCAUUAUAUGAAUCAUAUUUUGUAUCUAUUUAUGCACAUUAUGGGCCUGGUCUACAAAAGGUUUGUGUUUAUUAAACACGCGCAAACUUGAUUGGGCAUGCAAAUGGGAUCUACUAAAUUUGUGCGCACAAAGGAUUAUGUCUCUUAAAAAGGAACACACCCUCUCAUUUAGGGAUGUCCCGAUCCGAUAUUUGGAUCGGAUCGG